AGAAACUAGUCUGUCUGUGUCAGUGUGAGCAGUGAAAUGGCUGAAGGUGGAGGUUUACUGGAUCAGGACCAGUUCAGCUGUGCGAUCUGUCUGGAUCUACUGAAGGAUCCGGUGACUAUUCCCUGUGGACACAGUUACUGUAUGGGCUGUAUUAAUGGCUGCUGGGAUCAGGAUGAUCAUACUGGUGUCUACAGCUGCCCCCAGUGCAGGGAGACCUUCACCCCAAGGCCUGUUUUAAGAAAAAACACCAUGCUGGCUGAAGUGGUGGAGAAACUGAAGAAGACAGGACUCCAAGCUGCUCCUCCUGCUCACUGUUGCGCUGGACCUGGAGACGUGGCAUGUGAUUUCUGCACUGGGAGAAAGCACAAAGCUGUCAAGUCCUGUCUGGUGUGUCUGGCCUCUUACUGUGAAACUCACCUCCAGCCUCACUAUGAAUCUCCUGCCUUUAAGAAGCACAAACUGGUCAAAGCCACUGAAAACCUGCAGGAGAAUAUCUGCUCUCAUCAUGACGAACCGCUGAAGAUUUACUGUCGUACCGAUCAGCAGUGUAUCUGUUAUCUGUGUACAAUGGAUGAACACAGAGGCCAUGAUACAGUCUCAGCUGCAGCAGAAAGGACUGAGAAACAGAAGCAGUUGACACAGAGUAAAUUCCAGCAGAGAAUCCAAGAGAGAGAGAAGGAGCUGCAGGAUCUGAGACAGGCUGUGCAGUCACUCAAGCACUCUGCACAGGCAGCAGUGGAGGACAGUGAGAGGAUCUUUACUGAGAUGAUCUGCUCCAUUGAGAGAAGGUGCUCUGAGGUGAAAGAGCUGAUCAGAGAUCAGGAGAAGGCUGAAGUGAGUUGGGCUGAAGGACUCCUGGAGCGACUGGAGCAGGAGAUUGCUGAGCUAAGGAGGAGAGACGCUGAGCUGGAGCAGCUUUCACACACAGAGGAUCACAUCCAUUUCCUCAAGAGCUGUCAGUCUCUCUGUGCCCCUCCUGGACCUGAAGACUUACCCAGCAUCACUGUCAGUCCACGUGUCCUUUUUGAGGCUGUGACGAAAUCUGUCUCUGAGCUGAAAGAGCGACUGGAAGAUGUUUUCAAGGCGGAGUUUGUCAAAGUUUCUGGAAAAGUGGGAAGAGUCCAUAUUGUUGGCCCUGAAGAGCCCAAGACCAGAGAGGACUUCUUACAAUCGAUACCACACUCACGCCAUCACCCAGUGCAAGGAACCUCAGCGUGGUGAUGGACAACAGACUGUCGCUUUCCAAGAACAUUGCGGCGGUGACCCGGUCUUGCAGGUUCUUCCUAUACAACAU